UACAAAUUCUGAUCAAGGCUGGACUCUUGUUUCUCAUAAGAAGAAAAGGAGACCCAUGGAUAAGCUUCUCCGUCAUCCUUUUCCUGCCGACUAUAUGGACCCCAAACAACAUCGCAGAUGUUUUAAUUGUGGUGAUGAGAGGCACUCAAUCAAGUUCUGUCCUAAAGGGGCGUUCAUUUGUUUCAAGUGUCACGAAGAAGGACAUGUUGCCAAGCAGUGUAGAUCACAUCUUCGUCCUGUAGAGAAAAAAAUCGAUCUAUCAGAUUCGGAAACUAUCUUCUCUAAUUCUAAGGUAUUGGCGUCUUUUGGAAUUCUCACUAUUACAGAAGGUUCUCCAUCCCUAGAAUUAAUCAAACUCAGGUUGGGUUGGUUUUUUAAUUGGCAACGAUGGUCAGGCAAAGUUUUUCCUCUUCAAGCUAACAGUUUUUUGAUCGAGUUUCCUUCGGUCUUCCAAUUAUCUGAAGCAGUGGAUAUAAAAACUAUUAAUUUUGAGAUUUUUAAAGGAUGUAUUGCACCUUGGAAUGAAAACUUUGGUAUGAAAACUAUAGAUUCAUCCUUCUACCAGUGGAUUAAAUUCAAAAAUUUACCUCUACAGUUUUGGUCUACAGAUAUUAUUGCAAAGAUCGUUGGGACAUUUGGUGAAAUGAUUAAAUGUUGUAAAAAUAUUUCAGAGAAAUUAAAUGGCCAAGAUGUUCGCAUUUUGGUUAAAAUUAAAUCUGCUGAUUGUAUUCCUCAAACGAUCUUAUGCUCUUACAUGUCUCAAGUAGAUUCUUUCACUAGAGAGGUCAAAUUAGAAAUUAAUCCUAUUGGAGUUGGCCAACAGGGAUCGGAUGUCAUCGGGAAACAUCUAUCAUCUAUGGAGGCACAAGGUGAUAUUGUGUUGGAGUCACAAUGGAUUGAUCAAGUUAGUGCUCCGGUUAAGUCUACCCCGAUCAUCGAUCAAAUUCAUCCAAGCAAAUUGUUGGCAGAAAAAGGCAAGUGCAUUAUGGAAAAGCAAAAUUUUUUGAAUUCAGCAGAAUCAAAGGGAUUUCAUAAAGAUUCUCCUUGCAAGGAAAGUUUUCAAAAUUUUGAAAACAAUAACAAGACUCCAAAUUUCACGGAUAUGGACGUUUUUACAAAAGCUAAAAAUCAGGAAGAAAAAAUCAGUGACAGCUCAGAAUCAAUUCCAGAUUCUUUUAGAGAUUUCCCCUUGGAUUUAGUGAAACAAACUUGGAAGGGUCGUUCUUUCUUUAUUGAACGGUCAACAUGGGAGGCUUUUAUUGGCGGGAAGGGAGAUUCCUCAAAUUCAAUUUCAGCCACCGUCUCUUUCCCACAAAAAUCUAACCAAACUCCAGCAUUACAACCUUCACUUUCUAUUCCUCCGGGGUUCUCUCAGAAAGCUGCUUCUUCAUCAACAUCUCGUUCAUCUCGAAAGAUAGCUCUCAGCCAGAAACACAGGAGUUUUCUGAAGCUGGCUUCAUCUUCAAAAACAGUUGUUCGAUCGGUCAAAAAAGGAGCAAGAAAAGGUUCUGUGGCUCAACGUUUAUCUAAGAGACUAGAACAUCAUCCAAUCAGCAGGGAGAAUGUUUAAGAAAGCUUGGAGAAUUUGCAGGAAGUUGAUUUUGGAGAUCUUUUGAAGUAUUUUUGAAGUCUUCUUGUAUUUUUGUUUUGGAACAGUUAUAUUUUCUUAGUGUUUUGAUUUGUUAGUUUAUAGAAAAUCUAAUUCAAGUAAAUAUACGUAUGGCUGGCUUUGGUUCUUUCUUAUAUCUGUGUCAACGAUGAGUGACGGCAAGGCCCACUCCUCAUCUUCAUAGAUCUCUGAAAGAAGAAAGUUAUACGUCCCUAUUUAGUUGAAUUCUAUUUUCUAUCUACCAACAUUUGGAUACAUUUCGUAUCCUACUUUUGUAACUAUAACAUCUUUUUUUUUUAAUUUUAAUGAACGGGGAGCAUCCCUUGUUUUUCUGUCAA